AUGACAAACAUAAGUUCCACAAGUACACAGCUCUCCGAUAAGGAGGGCUAUGCUAUAUAUGAAUUCAUGGCUUCUACGAUCGAAUCCCCUUCGCCGGCAGAGUUAGCAUCUAGAAGGAAGCGCUUACUCAAGCCUGUGCUACUUUGCUUGGCAUCUUCAUUCGGAGGGUUUAUACUUGGUUGGGAUGUUGGAACCAUAGGUGGAAUUGCUAAUAUGAGUUCGUUUCAGAAUCAUUUUGGAACUAUGAUUAAUCCUGAAACUGGUUUAAAAGGAUUCCCUGAAAAACUAUCAGGGGCGAUAAUAGCUAUUUUUAAUAUUGGUUGUGCUUUGGGUGGCUUAACUUUGGCUAAAUUAGGAGAUAUUAAGGGACGCAGAUUCGGGAUAUUUGUUGCUCUAAUAUUUUACAUCGCGGGGUUAUUAAUCCAAAUCUUGAGCAAUGCCAACUGGUACCAGUUUUUCAUUGGAAGAAUAGUCACCGGCUUUGCUGUAGGUACGACUACUGUUUUGGUUCCAAUGUUUAUUUCUGAAUCUGCACCAAUACAAAUCCGUGGUUCAAUGGUGGUGUUAUACCAAUUAAUGAUAACGUUGGGGAUAUUAAUUGGUAAUUUAGUUAAUUUUGCGUGUAAGGAACUCGUUGAAGACUCAUUAUCAAACGUCAGCUGGCAAAUUCCAAUUAAUUUGGGUAUCUUAUGGACAGUUUUCGUGCUUUUGGGAUUGAGUUUAAUGCCAGAAUCGACACAAUUUUAUGUUUCCAAGGGCAAUAUUGAGAAGGCUCAAGAAUCCUUUGCCAUCAUGAACUCGUUACCGAAAGAUCACCCGUUCGUUAUAGACCAAAUAUCUUUCUUAGCUUCUUCAAUGAUUAGAGAAGAAAGCAGAGGUUGUCAUGGUUCUUGGGAAUUUUUGUUUGGGAAACCUAGGCUUGGAUUAAGACUUUUCAUAGGCGUCAUGAUUAUGGCUUUUCAGCAAUUGUCUGGUAUUAAUUAUUUCUUGUACUAUAGUACUACUUUAUUCGAUUCAGUUGGAGUCGGUGAUUCCUACGUUACAGCAAUCAUUCUAUCCAGUGUUAACUUUAUAUCAACUUUUAGUGGUGUCUAUAUUGUUGAGAAAUUGGGACGUAGGUGCUGUUUAAUUCUUGGUUCAGUUGGCAUGUUCAUUUCAAUGUUAACAUACGCAUGCAUAGGAACACACUUCUUAGACGAUGAUUCAAUAAGAGUGAAUACUGGAUCUAUAAUGGUAGCUUUUACCUGUGCUUUUAUCAUGUUCUUUGCAUGUACCUCCGGUCCGAUUUCCUUUGUGGUCAUUGCAGAAUUGUUUCCAACCAGAACAAAAUCAAUAUCCAUGGCAAUAUGCACAUCAGUAAACUGGAUUGUAAACUUCGUGAUAGCCAUAUGUACUCCAUCGGUUAUCGCUGCAAUAGGAUUUAAAUUUGGAUAUCUAUUUGCGGGUUGUUUAAUGACGUCCACGAUAUUUUUCUAUUGCAUGAUCCCUGAAACCAAAGGCUUAACUGCUGAACAGGUUGACGCAAUCUACGAAAAGUUAUUAUUUGAGUUGACUACAAAGAAAUAA